AUGGCUUCCCCCUCAGAAGCAGGUCCAAGCUCGGCUCCCAAUCUCGCACUCUUGCCAGCCAACGUCCUCACCAUCUUUCUCGCGCGCUUCCACGUCCGACACGGCAACCAAAUCGACUAUCAGUAUCCGCCGCCGCCACCAUCAACAAGUGGCAAGAACAACAGGGACAAGCUCAUCGAUGUAGAAGAUGACGAUACGGUAGAGGACCAAGUGGACCUCGAAGCAGGUCCAGCGGUAGACCUUACAGGAGUCGAAUGGAAGGUGCUCCCUAGUGGCGGACAUCUUGUCGACAAGGACGUCAUCUACUUUCAGACUUCUCACAGUGGGAGCACUGGCGUCGCAUGCUUUCGCAACAUCAAGCUCGACGAUACAAAGGCGGAUGCGUCGGGUCAACGCGGCGCUCGAAUGGUCAGCGUAGGCCUCGUGCUUCAGUGUGAAGGGCACGCCGAUCAACAUGCCUCGUCGCUAGCGCAACAACUCGCCAUCGUGCCGCACCUCUCCAACCUCGAAGAGCUCGCUGAUGAGCUGGUUCGCAAUCCUCAAGACGUCUCGCCGCUCAAGACGUACUACGGCAUGCAUAGGGCUCGCAGUAGCAGCACCGACGGUCUCAGCCUCGCCAAGAGCAGCAUCGAUCGCGAUAGAAGGAUCAUGGAUGGCAAACGCAUGAAGCAGUUGCGCAUGAGACGACGCAGAGACCCACGCAACUUGCCGCAUGAUCCUAUCUCGCACAUGCCUGCACUCUGUGGCUCCCUUAGUGCGCUCUUACCGCAUCUGCUCAAGAAGCUCAUGCUUCCACGCCAUCGUCUGCUCAUCUUUUCGCCAUCUCCACCUGUCGUCCACGCUGCACGCUUGGGCUACAAUCUCGCGGAUCUAGUUGCGCUUGGAAUUGCUAGGUCUGGGAAAAGACACGAGAAUCUACAGGCGUUUGCACGUCGCUGGAUCGUGCAGGUCAAGGGCCAGAUUGGCGUACAUGACAUUUCAGCAUUGGAAGAAGAGGAACAGCGUCGAAAAAAGAAGGCGGCCUUGUUUGUCGAGCCGAGCUGGAUCGCAUGGUCGACGGACAAGAUCCUACUGGACAAGCCUCACUUGUUUGACAGUGUGCUCGACUUGACACCACUCAUCACACGCGAUUCGCACAGCUUGCUCGACGAAGCGUGCUUGGAGGGUGCGAAUAACGUGGCUCGGCUGUGGACGGUAGUGCGUCCUGAGCAGUCACAAUCGACUGCUCGCCCGCACGCAAAGGCGCUGUUGAAGGCGCAGAGCUGGACGACACGUGAAUUUGCCACUUUCAACGAACUCGACGCACAAGCACAACGGCAUGCAGAACGAGCGGAACGUAUAGGCGCGGGCGCGUGCAUCACCCGGCGAAAGUCCAAGAACAAGCUAGUGCGCUCCACGUCGCGUCGAUCCGAGGACCAACCGCGGAACGGCGAUGUCGAGUACACGCACGAGCGAACUAAUGCCGUGGCGCAGUGGCGUGGUGGAUGUGCACGGUCUCCACAUCGCAGCGGUGCUGGGACGAUGAGCGCCGUGCUGACUUUCUUGAGGUACUGGCUGGCUGGCUGGUGGUUCCUACCCCGUCACUGGCGGUAUGGACUUCCAGCCGCAUAUGUGUUGCCGCUGGGUAUUCGCGGCGAUGGGGGGGUGCGAGCCAGUAUCCUGGUGAUGCCAGAAGACGAGAGCGACGACGACGAUGAUGAUCUGGACGAGGAAGAGGACCGCGAGAUCGCAGCGGAAGAUGAGGAGGAAGAGGAAAGACGGAGUGCCUUGGCCGCAGAGCCUGAUGCGAUUCUCUCUACCGUCAAGGACGGCGAUGCGGGUGAUGCUGCCCACAGAGCCGUUGCUGCAGGAGAACAGUACACGAGCACCAACAGCUCGUCGGAUACCGAAGGGCUCGAUCUUCCUCACCCGCAUCAUCUGCACCACCACCACCAUCAUCAUCACCUGGUCCCACCCGAUCCGCUGCUUGCGGCGGUGGGUGCCAGCCCCGUCCGCGGCUCGGGCGUGGCCGAAUCGGACCGCCUCUCCAUGUCGCACGCUUCCCUGCAUCGUCGUCGUAGCACCGACCGCAGCAUCUACGCGCGCUCUUCGUCCGGUGGUGACCCGCUGCUCGACUCAGGCUGGCACGCGGACGAAGAGGAACACACGCGCUUCCGCUCGAUCCUCUCAGACUCGCUGUGGAUGGUGUGGUCGCACUGGACCACCGCACUUGUAUCUGGGCUGCUGGACAUCUUGGAGGAUCGACUGGCGCAGAUCGAGCAGGAUGAGCAGGACAGAUUGGAGGCGGACGAGGGUCAGGAGGAGGAUGCAUCGCAGCUCCUCAUCGCGAAGGUGGAGGCUGGAUUGGAGAUUGAGUUGGGGCCGAGAGACAUGGCUUCGUUGGGGUUGAGUGCUGGGAAUAGGUUGGAUGUGGAGUUGGUGGAGGUGCUGGGCUCGCAGUAUCUGGGAUUGCUCACGGCUACGGUGUGCGAGGGGACAAGGGGGACGGCGAGGGUGAGGGUGAGCAAGGGAUGGUCGGUAUUCCGCUGGUUGCUUUGA